CCACAUAUGGUUAUGGAACUUACGGCUAUGGGGAAGAUUACUCUGUAGGCGCUUACAAUCCUCGUUACCACUAUGCAGCGGCACAAAGUGCAGGAUUCGAUUUGAGGACUGAUGAUGGACUUCCAAAGACUAUGUUUAUAUGUUGGCAAUCUCGAUCUUUCUGUGACAGAAGAGUUCAUCGCCACGUUGUUCGGACAAAUUGGCCCUGUUACCAAAACAAAAGUUAUAUUUGAUACAACUUCGGAUCCCUAUGCUUUUGUGGAGUUUACUGAUCAUACUACAGCCGCUCAGGCUUUGCAGGCUAUGAAUAAGCGUAUGUUGUUGGAUAAGGAAAUGAAGGUUAAUUGGGCUAUUCAACCUGGCACUCAACAAAAAGUGGACACGAGCAAACAUUUUCACAUUUUUGUUGGCGAUCUUUCGCCGGAAAUUGAUAAUAAAGCUUUGAAAGAUGCUUUUGCGCCGUUUGGGGAAGUUUCUGAUGCAAAGGUUAUUCGUGAUCCGGCAACUCUUAUGUCUAAAGGCUAUGGCUUUUGUUCGUUUCCAAAACGUGAUGAGGCUGAACGUGCUAUUGAGCAGAUGAAUGGGCAAUGGCUUGGGCGGAGAACAAUUCGGACUAAUUGGGCAACUCGUAAACCUGGAAUGCCAGGCAUGCCUGGCGGUGUUCCUUUUGAAUACAAUAAGCCAACCGUUGACGAAAUUAUGGCUCAAACAAGCCCGGACAAUACUUCGGUUUAUAUUGGGGGUGUGCCUCCAGGAGCUACAGAAACCGAGAUUCGCGACGCCUUCAAACGUUUUGGCAAUAUUGUCGACAUUCGCCAUUUUAAACCGCAAGGAUAUGCUUUUGUUAAAUUUGAUACAAAAAUUGCUGCCGGUAAAGCUAUUGCUGAAAUGAAUAAUGGAGAAUUUUUGGGGCAAACUGUUCGUAUGAAUUGGGGGAAAGUUGAGGGAGCUGCUCCAAAAGAAGUCCCAGGCAUUUUCAAUCCAGCGACUGCAGGAGUUAAUCCUUCAACUGUCGCUGCGGUUAAUUCUGCACAGAUGCAGCAAUAUUGGCAAUACUAUCAGCAAUGUCAACAAAAUCCUCAAUGGGCAAGUUACUUUCAAGGACAGCAAAAAUAA